GCUUCACGUUCAUUCAAUUCUUCUUCCAGUAAUAUAUGUUCUAAGCAUUAUCUAUAAAAAAAAGCAGAACAUGAUUUAUAAUUAUAACAAUGCUGUCGCUUCCCCUCUCGGGAACGAGAUACGUACGUCUCGAGAUAUUCUCGAGACGUACGUAUCUCGUACUUAUUGUGGUGAUGGUAAAUCAAAACAAGGAUGACAUAGUAAUAAUAUGUGUGGCACAUAGGGGUGAAGGUUUAGGAAUAAAUGGUGGGAGAUGAGAGGUGAGAGAGAGUGAGAAUUGAGUGAGAGAGAGGGAGCAAUUGAAGUGGGUAGAUAGUGGAGUCAUGGAUUCUGAAAGCAGAGUGACAUUUAGAAAAGUAGAAGAGCUUGAGACGUGAAAGAAGUACAACGAAAAUUAUACGAGCAUUCGAUCGACCCGCAGUCGAUUGAAGAUACUUUGAUCGAGACGAGAGUGGUUCACGCUUAUAGACGGUCCCAACAGGAAAAAGUAUAUCGCGAUCCGAGGUGCACGGAGCAUCAAGAGCCAACGAACAUUUACGAUCUUUUCGGCAUAAAUUCUGAUAUCAGCCGCAAUUGUGGCAGAUCGACAGCAGAAUCCGUGACAUCAAACAGAAGCAAGGUUAUUAAGACGGCAGUUUAUCCGGAAGCAAAUACUACAUAUAAAUAAUUCGUGACAUUUAAUAGUCAAAAGAAAACUGAACAAAAUUGAAAACUGAUUAAUUACCAAAUCAACUAGCAAUGAUCAUUAGUAUAUUAUUAUUACUUAUUCUUAUUGUAUUGGCAUAUAAUUAUUACGUGCAUUAUGGAAGAAAUGGACGACUUAUCAACCUUAUACCAGGACCAAAAGGUUAUCCGGUCUCCGGAAAUGUAUUGGAAUACCUAUGUUCAAGAGAAGAACAGUGGAAGCUUCUGAUUAACAUGACUGAUGAAUACUAUCCCAUUUUAAAAAUUUGGGGAUUCUUUAGGCCCGUUGUAUCUAUCCGUCAUCCGGAUGAUCUAGAGACAAUACUAAAUAGUACGAAGCAUAUCAAUAAAAGUAUGAUUUAUUAUGUUUUACUUUCUUGGUUCGGUACUGGUCUUCUCACUAGUGAAGGCGCCAAGUGGCAUUCACGGCGGAAGAUAUUAACCCCCACAUUUCAUUUUAAUAUACUGCAACAAUUUAUUGAGAUUUUAAUCGAAGAAGGCGAAAAUAUGAUAAAAUCUUUGAAAAAUACAGGAGGCACAGUUGUAAAAGAUUCAGUAUCGUUUUUCAGUGAACAUACACUGAAUGCAAUAUGCGAAACUGCCAUGGGCACUUCUUUACGAAACUUCGAUGAGUAUCAACAACAAUAUCGAAAAGCGGUUCAUCAGAUGGGCGAACUAUUUGCAUAUAGAUUAACAAGGCAAUGGUUGCAUAAUGAUUGGAUAUUCUCAUUAGUGCCAAAAGGCAGAGAGCAAAAAGAAGUUGUAAAAAUAUUACAUGGAUUUACUGAUCAAGUUAUUGAGGAAAGGAAACUUUAUCAUAAACGCACCAAUGGUCGAUUUUUGAAAAACUUUGAUAACAUCACCUCAGAGGCAGAUGACACAGAAACGAGUACAAUAAAAAAGAAACAGCUCGCUUUGUUGGAUCUUCUAAUAGCAACCUUUCAAGAAGGUCUUCUAACUGAUUCAGAUAUCAAGGAAGAAGUUGAUACUUUUAUGGCUGGAGGUCAUGAUACUACAGCAAUAGGUAUAAGCUUUCUGUUAGCACUAUUAGCUGAGCAUGAAGACAUUCAGGAUUGUGUCAGAAAAGAAAUCGAUACUGUUAUGCAAGAGAAUGGAAGGAAAUUUACUACGAAAUCAUUACAAAGUUUAUCAUAUUUAGACAGAUGUAUAAAGGAAACAUUGCGUUUAUAUCCCAGCGGUUACCAAAUAUCUCGAGUUACUGGAGAAGACGUAAAAUUACAGUCAUAUUUAGUACCUGCUGGAACAACGGUACUUCUUAAUAUCUAUGGAGUUCAUAGAGAUCCUAAUUUUUGGCCAAAUCCAGAAAUAUUUGAUCCGGAUAGAUUUUUGCCUGAGAAGAGCCGAAAUCGUCAUCCUUAUUCGUAUUUACCAUUCAGUGCUGGACCACGUAACUGUAUCGGUCAACGAUUUGCUAUGAUGCAAAUGAAAGCAAUGGCAGCCCCUCUGAUACACAAUUUCUAUUUGAAGCCCGUCGAUUAUUUAAAGAAUCUUCGGAUAGAAGCAGAUUUCUUACUUCGUCCAAUUCAUCCAUUUCGUAUAAGGUUUAUCCCAAUUUGUAGAACAGAUACAAGCAUUUGAAGAAAUUCAAUGAAUUUUACAUUUUUUAUAAUUACAUUGUUAUAAUUUUUUUUUUCUAACAAUAUAAUUAUUCUAUCACAAUAAUGCAACCAAGAUAUAGCUUGUAAUAGCUUUAUCAACUUUA